AUGUCUUCACUAACUAGAUUAUUACAGGAAAAACGAAAAAAUGAACCCGCAAGUUCAUCACCGAGAACUUCUGCUGAUACAUUAACAACGACACUCGAAUCACAACCGCUUGACGUUCAAUCGAGGAAUAGGAGUAGCAGUCAUAUUAGUGGCGUUAGCAACGGCAGCAGCAAUGAUCGUAAUAGAACUACCGUUCCAGUUCCUGGAAGUGUUACAACUGUUACGCAGAUAUACUCCGAGGAAGAUUCAUCAUCUACGGCCGGUUCCUCAUUAGACGAUAGAAACCAGUUCUCUUCCAGCUUCCUUAAUUCAAACUUUGCCCACACUGCAUCGUUCUAUGGCACAAGCGCACAGAGUAAAGAUAGGUUUGGGGCUUUGAUAAACGACCAAGGCGCUGCAGGACUUUCCUCAUGCGGUGCUUCUUCACUCGCUGCACAAAAUAGAAUCACGAGUAGGUUAUCCGCCAAUUCGCAUACUUCGGGAAGGGCCAUUCCUUCAUUGUCUUCAAGUAUACCUUACUCAGUCCCAAAUUCUAAUAAAGAUAAUAACAGUUCGAAUAGCAACAGUUCGUCCUUGUCUUCCUCAUGGCUCGAAACAUAUGCUGGUGGUAUGCCCAAUAAUAUCUCUGCGAUUGAUUCUAACGUUAUAUCCUCGCCAAAAGUAGAUAGCGUGGAGCCACGUUUCGUUAUCUCCAAGCAAAAACUUCAAAAGGCGUCAAUGGACAGUAAUAACGCCAAUACUACUCAAUCAAGAUCUAUUUCACGUUCAGGUUCGAUUUCUUCACAGCUGGGGAACUUUUUCUUUUCCAAAAACUCAAAAGAAUCUUCAAACCCAAACUCUGCGGGCGGGGCAUUCUCUGUUAAUUCCAAUGGCCCAUCUCCAAACAUUAAAAAUCCUAAUGUUACAAAUGGUUCGACCGCUAUUCCUAAACCAAUACGUGCGAGACAAAGUAGUAUCUAUUCUGCAUCAAGGCAACCAACAGGUUCCUACACAGAUAACCUUUACGGCUCCCCUUCAUCUGUACAUGAUCAUUUACCUCCCAGCCAAAGCGUUCCAAGGUCACAGCAUUCCUCCAUCGGUGAUCUGAAAAGAUUUUUUAAAAAAAGUUCUAGCAGUAACCUUUCCUCGAACAAUAACAAUGUGAUUCCAAAUGGGUCCCCUCUUUCUAGUGGAAUUGCUGUCCCGUCACAUUCUCAUUCAUCGUCCCAUUUUGCAACAGGAGGCAACUCCUAUUCAAGCAGUUAUAAUGGAAAUGGAGACACAAUAUAUUCUCACAACCAUGGUGGUUCUGGAAUUCCGUUUUCAAAGAGAUACAUCAAAACAGGUGCCGAUUUAGGUGCCGGAGCGGGUGGGUCCGUUAAAUUGGCCCAAAGAAUUGCAGACAACCAAAUCUUUGCAGUGAAGGAAUUUAGAACUAAAUUUGAGAACGAAUCAAAAAGAGAUUAUGUUAAGAAAAUAACGUCCGAAUACUGUAUCGGCACGACUUUGAAUCACGCCAAUAUUAUUGAGACCAUUGAAAUAGUCUACGAAGAUGAUAGAAUUCUGCAAGUAAUGGAGUACUGUGAAUAUGAUUUGUUUGCCAUUGUAAUGAGUAAUAAGAUGUCGUACGAAGAAAUUUGCUGCUGCUUUAAACAAAUACUUACCGGUGUGCAAUAUUUGCAUAGUAUUGGCUUAGCUCACAGGGAUUUAAAGCUUGAUAAUUGUGUUAUAAAUGAAAAAGGUGUUGUAAAAUUAAUUGAUUUUGGUGCAGCUGUGGUAUUUUCAUAUCCGUUCUCGAAAAAUCUUGUAGAAGCAAGCGGAAUUGUUGGUAGUGAUCCAUAUUUAGCCCCAGAAGUUUGUAUUUUUGCCAAGUAUGACCCACGUCCCGUAGAUAUCUGGUCUUCUGCGAUCAUUUUCGCAUGUAUGAUACUGAAGAAAUUUCCAUGGAAAAUCCCGAAAUUGAGAGAUAAUUCAUUCAAGUUAUUUUGUUCUGGACGUGAUUGUGACUCCUUGAGUAGUUUAGUGACAAGAACUCCUGACCCGCCUUCCUACGACGAAUCGCACUCCACAGAGAAGAAGAAACCUGAAAGCUCCUCAAACAAUGUAUCAGAUCCUAACAAUGUUAAUAUUGGACCUCAAAGACUACUGCAUUCAUUGCCGGAGGAAACUCAACAUAUUAUUGAACGUAUGAUUGAUCUCGCACCCGCAUGUAGAGGAAGCAUUGAAGAAAUUAUGGAGGACCCCUGGAUUCGUAGCAUCGAUAUGUGUCAUUUGGUCGAAGACGCCCUAUCUUUCAAAGUUGCUAAAGGAGAAGAUCAUCAUCACACGCAGGUCGAUCAAAGUGAAGCUCAUAUUGCAGGUCUGGAAAAGAAAAAGAAAAAACAAAACAAUCAAUAG